AGCAUUUUCUACUGUUCCUGUGCGAGUUUUUUCCGCGCGCGCCUCGUCCGCGUAUACGACUGCCCUCUGCAAUUUUUCUCAGGUUAGAUUAUUCGUGCGGUAGUACGGCGGGGGGUUGGUGUUCUGCUUGCUGGGAAAACGAGAGCCUGGAAUUUUUUUUCUCUGUGCUUCGACAAGAAAAUAAAAAAACGUUGAUAAUAAAAUCGAGUCGAAAUUUAAACGAGAAAUAGAGAGAAUUUUCAGAAAGAAAAAGCAACAAGAGUCUCGUCAGUUUGUCGGGGGCUGAGUGAAGGCUUUUGUGGAAUAAGGGGAAAUGGAUGGUGGCAAAGUGGACGACGACAGUCCGCGAGGCGGCAUCAACGAUGGCGAUUGGAUAUGCCCCGACUCCCAAUGUGGCAAUGUAAACUUUGCAAGACGAAAUUCCUGUAACCGUUGCGGCAAAGAUAGAGGAGAAUGUCCAAAGAAGAAAAAACUGGGUCAAGAGAUUGGUAAAGUUGCGGCUGAGAAGAGCAGAGGGUUGUUCAGUGCGGACGACUGGCAAUGUAGCAAGUGUGGCAACGUGAAUUGGGCUCGUCGCCAGCAAUGUAACAUGUGUAAUGCACCAAAAUUUGGGGAAGUGGAGGAGCGGACUGGAUACGGAGGUGGUUACAAUGAUCGUGGAGUCGUCGAGUACAAAGAGAGACGCGAUGAGGAAGAUGACGAGUACGACGAGUUCGGUAGGCGCAAAAAACGACGUAAAAUGGAAAACCGUUCGGACGAUGACUCCAAAGAUUCUAGAUAUAACAGCCCGCCACGUAGUAAAUCUAAGGAAAUUGUCGACGAGAAAAUAACGAGUGUAGAAGUGCAUCAAUCUCGGAGCGAACCAGAAGAAAAUGAAUUCGAAGAUGAGGAGGAAGACGACGAAGAGGAAGAUGAUGAUGGUGAUUUGUCCAAGUAUGACCUUAGCGAGUGGGACGACUUUGUUCCAGCUAAAAAAGGAUCGAAUGGCAAUGCGGUAUCAGAGAGCGAACGGUCAAGAAACGGCGACAAAUGGCGAGACUCGGGCACGUCGGGCCAGUGAGACUGCACGAUAGGCACGGGGACAGGUUUGGCUCGGGUUUAAUGUGCCAAAAAAUUCGUUGUGAUAAUGAGUCAGCCUAUCUGUUAAUUACAGAUGACCGAAGAAAAGGCGUGAUGUCGCGUCUGUACAUCACAGCUCAAGAGAAAUGAAGAAAAUGAAAACAAUCAAGAGAAAAACACGAGUAGCCAAGCAAAGUUACGCAACAUAAGUAAAGUUACUUAGCCGAAGCUUGAAUCUCGACGAGUCCAUGAGAUUGAAAAGAAAAAUUCAACGAUGCAAAAAACUUUGUGUCUGGAGCCAAUGAAAUUCUACGAUAAAUGAGAGCACGUUGGACGAAAACGGAAGAAAAAAAUAAUAACGAUUAUAACGUCAUCCGUUAAAGUUAUAAUUGGCGAUGAAUUCGAGAGCAAAUAGCGAUUCAACGAUAUUUUACAUACACUUUUUUAGCCAAAAUGUUCAUUUAAGGAUUUUAUCAGUCGGCGAUUCGACAAAAAUCAGACGAAAAUUUACACGCGUUAGGAAAAAUCGACAAAUUCUAUUUCAUGCGAUGAAUACGCGAAUUGUUCGAUUAUUUGUUGAACACAGUUUUUUACAACUUUUUGGCACUACUAUUACCCAAAAUGAUAAAUUACAUCUCAAAGAUGAAUGUUGAGCGUUUUUUCAACGAUUUUAACGGAAUCGUUGGGUGAUAAAAUCCAGAUUAAAAAAAAAGGAACUUUGGCUCUGAUCGUAUUUGUAUUCGGCACUUCGAUGGGAGAAAACGUUUUUUCGCCCCCCCACCUUCCUGCUACUGUAAUUAAAAAAACACUCGGGGUAACCCAAUUCCUUUUGUAGAUAUCGAGUUCUAUUAUCCGUGAGAAAUACUAUAAAAAUUUUUGGGAGUUCAAUUUUCCCAAUACUUAUUCCCUCGCUCCUUCGCUACGUCGAUAUUAACCUCUCAGCCAUGAGAACCCAAUGAAGUUUCCGUACGAAACAUAGACGCGAAAUGCUUUAGUAUUUGAGGAAAAAAGCAAAAAAGAUAAAAAACAAUCAGAGCUUUGCUUAUCGUAGAAAGUCGUCACAGUAAUUCGAACCGAUUUUUCUCUGAUUCUUCUUCGAACCCAUGGGGAAUAGCGUCAAAAAUAUCAUCCUUCGAACGAGUUUUUUUGACUCGACAACGAGAAUAGACGAAGAAUACUGUAACAACUACAAAAACAAACAAAAUUCAUCGUUGAUUUUUGAAUGGUUUCAAACUCAUUUAACAAUCGAUCGCGCAGUAUUCUUUACAAAGACGCUUCCCGCCACAAGAAAGAAGAAAAGCGAACAAUGAGCAAGCAGAAAACUGAGUUUUUUCUCGAAUUCGAGACGAGGAAACACUGUACAUUUUUUUCUCGAUAAAAAUAAUGUCAUCGCACUAUGAAACGUUAUACACAAAUUCCUUAAGAAAAAAAAACGAAAGCUCCAUCAAGGAGUACAUAUAUCGUACUGAUUUUCUUGUAAAUAUCUUUAUUUUAUUUUUCAUUUAUAAUAAAAAUCAUUCGUCAACAA